UCCGCUCACGCACAGGUAACGGACGGGGGUUUCGACAACGAACGACGACAAAGGACGGCGGAAUAGACAAACGAGACCGACGAACGGAGACGAUGGCACGAGCGUAAGACGCUUGACGAGGAGGAGGAGGAGGAGGGCAAAGCGAAGCAUAGACACGUGCGAGCGUACGUAACGCAUAGAGCAAAUCGACUUUACACGCUACAAAAAUAGCAACAUAAUACCCAAGCGGACCCCCAAGCACCCAGUCCGCCAUUCCCAUCCAUUCACUUUUACUUUUUCCUCCGCUCCCCAUCCCAUCCACACACUUACACAAGGAGCGUAGCCCUCUACCCAACACCAACAGUUCCUUGUUAACCAUGUCGGUCAAUGUGGGGAAUUCAGAGUUUAUGCCCCUCCCGACCAACCCGAAUGCAAAGAUUACGGGUGUACAUGAGUCCUUGCUGCAAGAGUGCGAGAAAGAUAUCAUAUGGUAUCGUGAUAAUUUCUUUGGCAAGGCGCACCAAAACUACCUCGCCCUCGACUCACCUCGCGGCCCGCUCGCCAUCUCCAUCAUCCGAGACAGCGACACUUACAAAGCUCUCGUCCGGACCACAUCCGGCAGCGAGCGGCUCUCCGUCUCUAGCAGCGGCAUUUCCAUCGCAUGGUGGCGCAAGGCCUUUGGGCUUGGUCCAAGCGUAAACAAUCUCAUGGAAUCCAUUUCGAGGAAUAUACCUGUACCGAAUUUGAGGUUGUGCAAGGAUCCGAAUCUGGGAAACGAAUUGUUGGCCAUGGAGGAGCGACAGGUGAUACGGUCUUACAAGUUUGGGGUUGCAUAUGUAGGGCCUGGCCAGUGCUCUGAGGAGGAAAUGUUUUCGAACCGCGCGGAAAAUGCUUCACCCAAGUUUAAGGAAUUUUUAAACUUUCUUGGCGAGACAAUAGAACUCCGAGGUUGGAAAGGGUAUCGUGCGGGUCUCGACGUGAGCGGAAGCAACAUGACAGGAACGCACUCCAUCUACACAAAAUGGCAAGGCUAUGAAAUCAUGUUCCACGUCUCCACCCUCCUCCCCUACAUCCCCGGUGACCGCCAGCAACUCGAACGCAAACGCCACAUUGGCAACGACAUUGUCAUCAUCAUCUUUUCUGAAUCCGACUCCCCCUUCCAAUUGUCUUCUAUCACGUCCCAUCAGAAUCAUGUUGUGGCUGUCGUGAGUCCAGUGGAGGGCGACCGGUAUCGGUUGACGGUUGCGCCAAAGAGCGGGGUACCUGGGUUUACGCCGGAUUUACCAGAGCCCUGUGUGUUUGGACGGGAUGCUGUCAGUAGGGAUUUCUUUUUACACAAGUUGGUAAAUGGCGAAAGAGCCUCUUACAAAGCCCCCAGCUUUGCCCCUAAAAUCUCACGAACACGCUCUGUUCUCCUCUACGAAGUCGCUUCCAAGUUUCUAAAAUGAAAGAAAACACUCAAACCCCCCUUUUGCCCACUAUAAUGGACGGCCUGUAGGAGAGUUCUAUUGUUUUGUUCUUGUGUGUGUGUUUUUGUUUUUUUUGUUGUGGAUGGUGGUGGUUAGAGCAUGGGAAACGUAAUUUAUAAUGUCUGGGUACUGUGCUCUUUCUGUUUGUCAUUGCUGCGUUUCUUGUUUUUUUUUUCUUGUAAACCCAUCGUGUGUCAACAAAUGACGAUGACCAACAGCGCGUGUGGAUCAUCAACUAUAACC